CUUCUCUUUCUUCUUUCCACAAACCAAAUAUUUUCCCCCUUCCUCUUUUUUCCCCCUUUUGCCUCUCUGGGGUUCUCUGCAAAUGCUCUUCUCCUUUCUCCCAUUCUUGAUUCUUGCCUUCUCUGCGACUUCCGAGUUCGAUUUCUGCUCUGGGGAACCGUUUCCGUUUCGAUUCUUGUGGGUUGUUGUUGUUCUUCUGCUGUGCCCAUGCCUGCUCUCGUCAACUACGGUGGUGAUGAUGAAUACUACCCUGGGGGUUCCUUUUACCCGAGCCCCAUGGAUUUGGAUGGCUUGCUGCCUACUAGCUCUCAUGUCGAUCUGUAUUUUCGUCCUAGUAAGAGAGCUCGGAUCGGUGCCCCAGUUGUCUUUGGAGGAAGGGAACUUGAGCUGGAGAGUAGUAGACCUUCCAUUGAAGCUCUUCCUGAUGAAUGCCUCUUUGAGAUCUUCAGGCAUCUGCACAGUGCUAGAGAGAGGAGCUCAUGUGCGGGCGUCUCGAGACGGUGGCUUAUGCUUUUGAGUACUAUUCGUAAGGCUGAAAUUUGCAAGGAGCAGCAGAAGCCUGAAUCUGAUGAUAUCUCGAUAAUGAACGGUGACGACGAUCAAGAAGUUGAAAGUAAUGGUUUUCUUACAAGAUGUUUGGAAGGAAAGAAAGCUACCGAUGUACGACUUGCUGCUAUUGCUGUAGGAACUAGUGGACGUGGGGGUUUGGGCAAGCUUUCUAUUCGAGGAAGUAACUCUACUCGUGGAGUUACCAACCUUGGUCUUUCGGCAAUUGCCCAUGGCUGCCCUUCUCUUCGAAUGCUUUCUCUGUGGAACGUGCCAGCCGUUGGGGAUGAAGGAUUAUUCGAAAUAGCUAGAGAAUGCCAUUUGCUUGAAAAGCUUGACCUCUGCCACUGCCCUUCAAUCUCAGACAAAGGUUUGAUUGCAAUUGCAGAGCGAUGCACUAAUUUGACCUCUUUAAAUAUUGAAUCAUGUCCAAAGAUUGGAAAUGACGGUCUGCAAGCAAUUGGAAAAUUAUGUUCUAAACUGCAGGCGAUCUCUAUUAGAGAUUGUCCUCGUGUUGGGGAUCAAGGUGUUUCGAGUCUAUUUGCAUCAUCUUCUUGUGACAUGACGAAGGUAAAGAUGCAGGCAUUGAACAUAACGGAUUUCUCGCUUGCUGUGAUCGGACAUUAUGGCCAGGCCAUAACACACCUUACCCUCAGCGGUCUUCAGAACGUUAGUGAGAAGGGAUUUUGGGUCAUGGGUAGUGCUCAAGGCUUGAAGAAAUUGGCAUCGUUGACAAUUGCAUCUUGCCGAGGGAUGACUGAUGUGAGUCUCGAAGCGAUGGGAAAGGGAAUUGGAAACCUGAAGCAGAUGUGCAUCCAAAAGUGUUGUUUUGUAUCAGACAAUGGAUUAACAGCUUUUGCCCAAGCUGCAAGGUCGCUCGAGACCUUGCAACUAGAAGAAUGCAACAGAAUCACCUUACUGGGCAUUGGUGGCGCCCUCUCGAACCAUAUCCCGAAUUUGAAGUCUUUAAAUUUAGUGAAGUGCAUGGGGAUCAAGGAUAUAGCUCAAGAAGUAACAUUGCCCUCUAUUUGCACCUCCCUUAGAUCCUUGUCCAUCCAAAACUGCCCUGGCUUUGGUAGUGCUAGUCUUUCAAUGGUUGGGAGCUUAUGUCCUCAACUUCAGCACGUUGAAUUGAUUGGCCUUUACGGUAUUACCGAUACUGCAAUGCUUCCACUUCUCGAGACCUGCCAAGGGCUUGUAAAGGUGAACCUGAGUGGCUGCAUAAAUUUGACAGACGGAACGAUUUCAACAUUGGUUAGGCUGCACGGAGGAACCAUCGAGGUUCUGAAUCUUGACGGAUGCAGAAAGAUUACCGAUGCGAGUUUGGUGGCUAUUGCAGAUGGUUGCUUAUUACUGAAUGAACUAGAUGUUUCGAAGUGUGCAAUUAGCGACGCAGGGCUUGCAUUUCUUUCUUCUUCAGAGCAGAUCAAUUUGCAAGUCCUUUCCCUGUCGGGUUGUUCUGAAGUAUCAAACAAGAGCUUUCCUUUCCUGGAAAGAUUGGGGAAGUCACUCGUUGGAUUGAAUCUCAAAAACUGCCACUCGAUCAGCAGUGGCACGGUUGGGAUGAUUGUUGAGAACUUAUGGAGAUGUGACAUUCUCGUCUAACCAUGGAUAUUAAGCUUGGCAAGGUAGUUAAAAAGAUACGAGUAGAUAUCGACAAGUUCCCAGUUACAGUUUCUUAGUUACAGUGGUAUAGGUACAUCAAAUAUGUAUGGUCUUUUUCACACAGAUAGUAGCAUUCAGCAAAGUCUGUUCUCCGUAAACAGCGGGCUUCCCGGCAGCGCAAUCUUUCCGUGGCUCGGUUGUUUUAGGGAACUAUGGCCAAUUACCUUAAUUUUUUGCAAGCUUUCUUCUAGCUUGUUCAAGUGUUUUGGGUCUCCAUUGAUGGAGGCUUCCUCUUUGAUGGCCAUGGCUCCUUAAGAAAAUACAAUCACCAAGUCACAGCUAAGAUUUUCCUGUCUUUGUACUCCCACUGAUCUAGCUACUGGUUUUGUCAAGCUGAAUGUUCUUCUAUAACUUCCUGUUUUAGCUUACACACAUUACUUCGAUGUAAUCUGGUAUAAGCUUUAUAUAUACUCUCCUGUCAUAUAACUCUGUUGUGUUUCAAAUAAGUCUUGUUUGUUCGGUUAAAUGUCCUCGUUCUCGUCCAGUUUCAGUCUUUCGUGUUCUUUUGCAUCUGCCGUGUUGCUUCGAGUGGUUGUAAGUGUGUUAAAUGUGAGCUUUGGUCUCGGUAGUGUGUUCGUUCGGUCUGCGAUCGCGACCUAUGGUAUCGUCGUUUUCGGUUUAAUAUGUGCACGUUGUAACUUGUGUGUUUACUAAAUAAUGAGAAGACGUGUUCUUCUUUGUUUUGUAAA